CUGUCGGCAGCCGUGCCGGGGACGCGGUGGCGUGGGAGCAAGGAAGUGACUAACUCGGGGUGAUUCCCUCGUCCCUGCAAAAGAGGCAGGGAAGGUAUUCCCUCCACUUUACACACACCCCGAGAACAGAAACGGAGGGCGUCGCGUUUUCCUCGAAGGAACGAACGAACGAGACGGGAAAGCCCCGAGGCUAGGCGCCUCGCCCGUUUCAGGCGACGCUUCCUCCUCAAGCUGCCCUUCUUCUGCCGCCCCCGAGGGCAAGGCGAGAGAACGCCAGAUCCAGCGCCCGGGGGCGUGGCAGCCACGGACAAGUCUGCCUGGCCCGCCCCCUCGAGCUGGUAGUGACUCGCGCUUCGCCUGCUACCCGGUGAGUUCUCUGUGGAGCCAGCCAGGGAGCGGGCGGGCCCUUGAUCGCAGCACGCACGUGUGCGGUUUGUUCUUGCUUUGCCUCUAGGGAGAGCAGCAGCAGCAGCAGCAGCAAAGAGCGGCGUCCGCACCUUCCAGAGAGCGCCUCAAUCAGCCGCGGAGCCAGUCGCGUGGAGCGAGCCCUGGAACAGCAGCGACGCCUCCCUUCAGGCCCCUCUGCCGGACUGUGUGUCAGUGAAGCAGGAGCAGGGUUUCCUGGGACUCCUGGGCCUGGCUCCGCCGGGGGCAAGGAGGAGCGACAUGAAGGGGCUGCUGGUGCUCUCGAGCGUCCUCCUGGCGGCAGUUUGCUCCAUCGUGGUGAAUGGUGAAGGGCUUGAAGUGCUCCAAAAUGAAGUUCAUCACCAAAAGGGGACAGAAGAUCUUGCGAUUACACAGUUGCUUCCAGCCAGGGAUACUUUGGAGCAAGAAGGAGAGAGAGAUGAAGGUGCCGUGUCCUUGGGGGAUAACUUGAGUGAACUCCCUAGAGUUGCUUUCCUGUCCAAGCCACAAGAUCCUGUGACUCCAAAGAAAGAAGGGAAAGGGAAAAAGAGGAAGAAGGGGCAAGGAAGAAAAAGAGAUCCUUGCCUGCGAAGAUACAAGGAAUAUUGUAUUCAUGGAGAGUGCAAAUAUAUCAAAGGACUUAAAACUCCAUCUUGCAUAUGCCAACUUGGAUAUCAUGGGGAGCGAUGUCAUGCCCUUAGUCUUCCAUUGGAAAACCCUUCCCGCAGCUAUGACCACACAACUGUACUGGCUGUUACAGCAGUGGUGUUAUCAUCCUUGUGCCUUAUGAUCAUUGCUGUAUUGCUGGUGUUCAGAUGUCACAAAAAAGGAGUAUAUGAUGUAGAAAAUGAAGAGAAGGUUAAACUGGGUGUUACUGUCAACCACUGAGACAUUGCUGGGAUUGCAAGGAUUCCACAGUGGAGCAGCUUUGCCUUCACAACCCAGCAGAAAAACUCUUUUUCCUAAGACACACUUCAAAGUCAAAUGGGAGUUUGUAUGAACAGAAGGAAGUGCUCUUUUCCCCCAAGAGGAUUGUGUCAGUUUGUUGCUUUGUUGAAGAAGCACCUCACUAAAAUUGGAAGGAUGUGCCAAAAAAGAGGCACUUCUUUGCAGAGGACUUGUUCCUGAAAUGUGGAGCCACAGCAUAAGGAGAAGAGUUGGACCUGAAUUUGGUGCCAUUGAAAAGUAAUGCCUUUGCAACAGAUGAACAACAAACCGGUCAACUGGAUUCUUCAGACACUUGCUGAGGAUUUAACUGUGAAAGACAUAGACUCUGCUCAAGAAAUCUAACUUUUGAACUUUAUUAAAUGAAGAAAAACUAUUUAACAAGAUAUUUCAUUUUAAAUUAUAUAUUUAUUUUAGAUACAUUGUACAUAUUAUUUAUUUAGGGCUUGAUCCUGUAGUCCUGAAAUCAAGGGGAGAGAUGGAUGGAUUGUGCAGUGUAACACUCUAAUAAAUAACCCUUUGUUAUAA